AUGGACGUUGUUCGCCUGCAAGUUCUCAAAAGACACUGCAGUCCUUGCUUGCCUCCACCUCUGGUCAACAUGGUUCAGUUCGACCAAUACACAUGGAUCUUCGGCUUUGCGACUGUCGUCGGUUUCAUCUGCGCCUUUGGGAUUGGCGCCAACGAUGUGGCCAACUCGUUUGCCACAUCGGUGGGGUCCAGGGCGUUGACCAUGACCCAGGCCAUAAUGGUAGCAGCUGUCUGCGAGUUCCUGGGAGCGUUACUACUGGGAGCCUCAGUAACUGACACUGUGAGAAGCAAUAUCGCCAACGUAAAUCUUUUCAGCGACAGCCCAGAGUUGCUGAUGUUCGGCAUGCUGGCGGUUAUGAUAACGGCCGCGUUCUGGGACAACCUUGCGUGCCAUUUGGAACUGCCGGUUUCCACCACUCAUACCACAGUCGGGGCGAUAGUCGGCAUGGCCUGGGCGCUUCGUGGCAGCAACGCAAUUGUGUGGAGCAAGAAGAACAUCAACAAGGCGACGGGCGACAACGACUUCCCGUACCUCAAGGGCAUGAGCAUCAUCUUCCUCCAGUGGGUGGUGUCACCGAUCUGCUCCGGCGUAUUGGUCGCCAUUAUUUUCUUCCUCUUGCGCACCUUCGUGCUCCGGUCGCGGCACUCCUUCAUCCGCGCCUUCUACGUAAGUCGUGCUUGUCAUUUCAGCGCCUCUGUUCCGUUUCCCACAGUCGUGAAAUGCAUUGUCGACGAGGACAUUCGAGUGGCUCGGAACACUCCCUUCAUCCGCGCCUUCUUCCUGUUCCCAUUCCUGGUUUUCGUGACUUUCUUUGUCGUCGUCAUAUUCAUCAUCCAAACCGGCAACAAGAACAACAGCUGGGAUAAGGUAUCCGACGGCAAGAGCGUCUGGAUCAGCAUCGUGAUCGGUGCGGGCAUGGGAAUCCUGACGGCAGCUUUCAUCAUGCCCUUCCUUUACAAGGCGGUCCACGCAGAUGACGCUCGGAGAGAGCGGAUCGAGGCAGGCGAGCUGGACCCGAAGGACGCUGCGCGCCAGCGUGCGGUCGCCGAAGAGGAAGCAGCCGUUGGCCGGAAGGACACCAUGUGGCAUCGCUCCAUGGAGAGGUUUGGUGUGAAUAAAUUCGCGCAGACAAACGCGGGCAAAUUUAUCUUUGGCAACGUUGUGGUCAAGACGCUGACGUUCGGCGCUACCUACGAAGUCCACGACGCCAUCGAUCGAGACGAGCGCAUCGGUACGAUCUGGGAAGGGGCCGAAGUCUUCGACUUCAAGACCGAGCGGCUGUUCCGCUACCUCCAGAUUUUCUCCGCUAUGGUGAUGUCGUUCUCCCACGGCUCCAACGACGUUGCCAACGCUUUGGGGCCCUACUCUGCUGUCUACACCAUCUGGAACACGAGCCAGGUGCCUUCCAAGUCCCCAGUUGAAAAGUGGAUUCUCGCCUACGGCGGGGCUGGUAUUGUGGUCGGCUUGGCGACAUACGGGUACAAGAUCCUCCAGGUGCUGGGCGUGAAAGCCGUGAAGCUGACGAACGCGCGCGGCUUCUGUUGCGAGCUUUCGACCGCGGCUGUCGUCAUCAUCUCCUCGAGAUUCGGCCUGCCCGUUUCCACGACCCAGGUCAUCACCGGCGCCCUCAUUGCCAUGGGGCUUUUCGAGGGAUCUAAGGGCGUCAACUGGCGGGUCAUCUUCAGGACAUUCUUCGGGUGGGUCCUCACCCUGGUCGUCGCGGCUCUGCUCGCCGCCGCAAUCACUUCCUUUGUGGUCUACGCGCCCAGCAAAGUGUCUGUUGACGACGAUAACUACGUCGCUAACUACCUCGAUAACCAGGCGCUGCGUAUGAUCCGCCAGAUGAACAACUCAGCCGCCGGCGCCGCGGUCCAGCCCACUCUGAACUCCCUGAGCAAGACGGUGACUGCGCUUUCCAAGAAGGCGAACGAGCACCCGUACGACUACGUGGCGGCUCACAAUGCCACCGUCAACUUGUACAACAGCACACUCGUAACUUAAAAGCAAGGCGGUGUAAGAUCUGGCACGCAGGAUUAUUCAGGUAUCGUUGCCGCUAUUUUGCACGCACAGAUGCUCGCUUUUUCCCCUCAGCGAUCAGCUCGUCAUGUAAGGAGCAAGUUUAAAGAUAGGGAUGUGUACGGUACGGGGCCCCAUUCUUACGGAGCGGUCCAUUAGUGUAUCCUAAUUAGAGAGCCUCGUCAAACACGCACCGUAGUCGGUCAACCGAGUCCAAGAGAGCUAUGCAUCUUGUUACCGUGGGACAUUGCAAUCCGUGUAGGGUAGGUAUGAUUCACCUGUACAAUAUCCCCAGAACAACGCGGCGUUGCGAACAGUACAAAGCAUUUGGUAACAAGAAGGAACUUAGGCGGCGGCGCUUAAAGUUUUCGUAGAUGUACGAAUAUCAGGGUCGGAACUAGAAUUUGUAAUUGUACAAGCUGAACGGUGAGCGGGUGAAAUUUGAGCGCGGGAGAAAAGAAAAUUC